UACAGUCAAGAUGGGUAUAGGUGACCCCAAACAACCAAAGGGCAAGAUGUCUGCAUAUGCCUUCUUCGUGCAGACAUGCAGGGAAGAGCAUAAGAAAAAAAACCCGGAGGUUCCUGUCAAUUUUGCGGAAUUUUCCAAGAAGUGCACAGAGAGAUGGAAGACAAUGUCUGGGAAGGAGAAAUCUAAAUUUGAUGAGAUGGCAAAAGUAGAUAAAGUUUGCUAUGAUCGGGAGAUGAAGGAUUACGGACCCGCUAAGGGAGGCAAAAAGAAGAAGGACCCCAAUGCCCCCAAAAGACCACCGUCUGGAUUUUUCCUUUUCUGCUCGGAAUUUCGCCCUAAGAUCAAGUCUACAAAUCCUGGAAUCUCUAUUGGCGAUGUGGCCAAGAAAUUGGGUGAGAUGCGGAACAACUUAAGUGACAAUGAGAAACAGCCAUACAUCACCAAGGCUGCGAAGCUGAAAGAGAAGUAUGAGAAGGAUGUUGCUGAUUAUAAGUCUAAAGGGAAAUUUGAUGGUGCCAAAGGCCCUACUAAAGUUGCCCGGAAAAAGGUGGAAGAUGAAGAUGAAGAAGAGGAAGAGGAGGAGGAAGAGGAGGAGGAUGAAUAAAAAAAAUUGAUCUGUCUCCUUGUGAAUAUCUUAGAGUAGGGGAGCGCCGUGACUGACGGAUCUCUUAUUUGAGAUGUGUCUAUUGCUCUUAUUAGGUUUAAUUACAAAAAUUGAUCACGAUCAUUGUAGUCUCUCAAAGUGCUCUAGAAAUCUUGUCAGU